GCCCGGGUGGAGGGCUGGGCUGGAAGGGAGAAAAUCGGGGCGCAGUUGGGGGGGGUGCCCAAGAAGGGAGGUGGGACGCUGGUCUGGUCCCAAUCCGGGAACUUUUUUGACGGUUGCCCAGGGUGGACUGCGUUUAUCCUGCAGGGAACGCCGUCCUUCCUCUCAGCUGGUACGGGAAUCCUGUAAAGGGCGCCUUUCAGAUUGAUUGGCACAAAGAGUCUUCCUUGAGGAACUUUGUAUAGUAUUGAAAGAUGGCAGAAGCAGUUUUAAUUGAUCUCUUUGAUUUGAAAUUAAACUCUAAAAAAACCUGCCAUCAUACAUUACUGAAGACUUUGAAUGCAGUCCAGUACCACCAAGCUGCCAAGGCCAAGUUCGUUUGCAUAAUGUGUUGCAAUAACAUCAGCUGUGAAAGGGAUAGUGAACAGGAUCAUUGUGAAUUAGAAACAAGCAAUGGAUUAUCAGGUCUCCUGGGAGAAUUUGAGACAGUUAGCAAUCCCAGCAUGGCUGCUUCAUUGUAUACCAUUAAGCAAAAAAUUGAUGAAAAAAACCUGAGCAGCAUUAAGGUCAUUCUACCUAGGCACAGGAAGACACUGAUGAAGGCUUUUAUAGAUCAACUCUUCACUGAUGUUUACAAUUUUGAAUUUGAAGAUUUACAAAUGACUUUGAAGGGAGGCCUUUUGAAACAAUACACUGAAAUAAACAUAAUCACAGCUCCAGAAGUAGAAGUCCAGAAUGAAAUAGAAACAUAUUUGAGAAGUCUGCCAGCACUGAAAGGAGAAUUAACUAUUAUUACAUCUCCCUUAAUCCCAGAUUCUUUCAUUCAUGGAUUUACUACAAGAACAGGUGGGAUAUCUUAUAUACCAACUCUUAGCUCAUUCAAUCUCUUCAGUAGUUCCAAACGAAGAGAUCCCAAGGUAGUUGUUCAAGAAAAUCUGCGUAGAUUGGCGAAUGCUGCAGGAUUUAAUGUGGAAAAAUUUUACCGAAUAAAGACUGAUCAUGCCAAUGAUGUCUGGGUUAUGGGAAGAAAUGAGCCUGAAUCUUAUGAUGGUAUAACCACAAAUCACAGAGGCGUCACAAUAGCAGCUCUUGGUGCUGACUGUAUACCCAUAGUUUUUGCAGAUCCUGUCAAAAAAGCAUGUGGGGUUGCUCACUCUGGUUGGAAGGGUACUUUGUUAGGCGUUGCAAUGGCUACAGUAAAUGCCAUGAUAGCAGAAUAUGGCUGCAGUGUGGAAGACAUUAUUGUUAUUCUUGGACCGGCAGUUGGACCUUGCUGUUUUACUCUUCCAAGAGACUCAGCAAAAGCAUUUCAUAAUCUUCAUCCUGCAUGUGUAAGAUUGUUUAACUCACCAAAUCCCUAUGUUGAUAUUCGUAAAGCCACCAGAUAUGUGACUGGAUUUUUUCAGAAACGUUUCCUGCCUCCUUCAAAACUGACUGCAAAAAGAUUUAGCUGUUUGAUUUACUUGCAACCUGAAGAAUUACAGUGUAUAAUUCAUCUUUAGUAUAUAUUUUCCCUAUUUUCCAAAGCCAAAUGAUUUUUAUUUAAUUCUAAUAAUAAUUGGCAAAACAUGAGUACGAUAGAACUAGUAUGUUUUAUGAAUGAAGAUUUUUCCUAAAGUUUGUUCUCCCUACAUAUUACAUAAAUCAGGAAUGGUGUUCAGUUCCGUAUCUACUAGGUACCUUCUAUUUAUAAGACCAUGUGUUAAUCAUAGGUGACUCAAAAUGAAUAAGAUCUUUAUUUUCCCCUAAUGAAGUGGUGGAGACAAACAAUUCUACAACUUGUAUUUUACUUUUGUUAUUUAUUUAUUUAUUUUUUAGUGUUUACUAUGAGGCAUGUGUGCUUGACAGGAAAGAUA